GGAGCGUCGUGGGGAAACCUAGGCCGUUUCGAUUCUUCGACCUCGUUUUCAUCGACGAAGAAGAUUUGGGAGGGCGAUGGCGGAAGAGGGAACGGUGAUCGCCUGCCACAGCGUGGAGGAAUGGACCAGGCAGCUCGAGGCGUCUAAUGCGUCCAAGAAGCUGGUUGUCGUCGAUUUCACUGCCUCAUGGUGUGGACCUUGCCGAAUGAUUGCACCACUCUUUACCGAACUUGCCAAGAAGUUUCCAAAUGUUGUUUUCCUCAAGGUUGACGUUGAUGAACUGCAGACUGUUGCAAGAGACUGGGCUAUAGAAGGAAUGCCGACCUUUGUCUUCCUAAAGGAAGGAACCAUCGUGGACAAGAUCGUUGGUGCAGAUAAGGUAGCGCUGCCAAAGAAGAUUGAGCUUCUCCUGUCUAAGUGAGCGUUUAAUCAAUGCAAGAUCAAGUCAUCUUCUCUCAAAACCUUCCCAUUGUCAAUAAGCAAUUUGCAGAGAUCUUGGAUCUUAAUUUCAAGUCUCGGAUAAAAGUUCUACGAGCGCCUAGCAAAUGCUUUUAUGAUUCGUCAUGUUAAAAGCAUUGAUUGUCAUGCUUGACGUUCUUGAUCUCAACUUCCAGUUGUGCAUCAGUUAAUACUUGACCUUCAUGUUUGGCGGCUUUGUUUAGAUAUGGACCUUCCUCACA